UCCCGUGUAAGAUUUAGCUUCUUGCAAGCAAUUCAUGAUUUGCUCAGUUGCUUUCGAAAAGUAGACUAAUGCGCAUUCACGUUCGUAGCGGUCGCGAAAAUGGCAGUGAAACGAUGUAAUAUUCGUGAGGACACAUGGCGUUGCUGCUUAUUGGCAAUGUUACUGUUAAUACUUGGUGAAGCUAUCCAGCAAAACGAGGCAUCUUUUAGGUUCCCCAGUGGUCGAAAGAGCAAAGAAAUUAAGUUAAAACCUAGCUCAAAAAUUCAGGAACCUAGUAUAACAGAUAGCAAUUCUAGUGAUACAAGUGUUUCUCCCGUUGUUCCUUUGGAAGAACCGGACAUGUCCAAAGAUGACGCAGAGAAAAUUCUUGAUGAAAUCGGUUUCAACUCUACUAACGAUGGCACUGAUGGUAUCGGACUCCGCUUUUUCGCUGGUGCAAAUACCAGAAUAUUGCGCUAUCAACAGCAACACGGGUUGAAAGAAACAGGCGAGCUAGAUCGAGAAACUAAAAUAUCGCUCCAAAGUCCAAAAUGUGGCAUGAGCAACGUAGCUGCCCACGGAGAGGACUACAAGUGGAGCUCGCGAUAUCUCACAUACUACGUUAGGAAUACUCCAUGGGGAAUCCCCUCGAGGACUGUUAAAAAUCUUAUACGUAACGCUUUCGACCAGUGGAGUAAGGUGACGAACCUUGAAUUCAUUGAGUCUAACGACCCAGAGUCUGAUAUGGAGAUUGCAUUUGGCGGUCGAAGGCAUACUAAUAGAGAAAGCAUAUGUGAUGAUGAUCUAGGAGCAAAUACGUUGGCACACGCGUAUUACCCGCAGAUAGGAGGAAUCCACUUCAACACUCAGUUCUUCCACGCAGCGAUGGACAAGGAUCAGUUUUUCACGACUGCAAUGCAUGAAAUUGGCCAUGCCCUCGGAUUGGAACAUUCCGUAUCGAAAGCUUCACUUAUGUAUCCCACGGCAGUGGCACACUUUUCCGAAGUACCUAGUCAGGAUGUUCAGAGAAUUCAGAUGAAGUAUGGCAAACGCCAGGGACUGAAAACUACCGGAUUACCUACUUUCUGCGAGGUGACAAAGUACGAUGCUAUGCUGUAUUAUCAAAACAAAUUAGUCAUAAUCGCAAGAAAGUACGGCUACAAAAAGAUCAAUGAUAGAUAUGAGCCAACUCUACUCAGCGAGAUAUGGCCAGGAGCUCCUGAAACCCUGGACGCCGCAGAAAGCAUUGGUUCUCAUACUUAUUUAUUCAAAGGUGAUCAAGUGUGGGAUUUCAAGGAUGACGAGGUACAAGUAGGUUAUCCUCGAAAAAUCCAUGAAGCAUUUCCAGGACUGCCUAAGAAUUUGGACGGCGUAAUCUACGAUAAAGAAACACAUAUUUAUGCCUUCAAAAAGGAUCAUUAUUGGAGAUACAACACCGUCCAUAAGAAAGUCGAUCGCUCAGACGACAUAGCAGACUAUGGUGUGCCCGAAAGGAUCGAUGCAACACUCUUUGAUAAUGUUCACAAUAGACUGUUUUUCUUCAAGGACACCUCAAGAUAUAUAUACGAAUUUGACACUCGCAAAACAACACGAUAUGACUCUCGUAUGUUUGGUUGCUAGGUAGACAAUAAAAGCUAAUGUUCCGAUUUUA